UGCGCCAAAAAUAACACGAUUAAAGCAUUUUGCCGUAUUCGUUGGAGAUGGCCACGCCGCUUCUCUCUCGCUCGCCUUCUUUUCCACCUGCCCACACUAUCUCCGUAAAUCAUUUCUGCAACUGCCCUUUUCGUACAGAAUACACACUUAUCCUUUAGGCGCCUUCAACGUCAAUCUCAGCCCCAUAGCAGAAGGAAAUUAAAAAAGAAAGAAGAAAGGGAAAACAAGUUUCAUUUGCAGUGAAACAGAAAGAAAUAUCUAAUUUUUUUUGCGGCGUGUAUAGGUUUACUAAUGGCGGGUGGGUAUAUAGCGGAUGAGGACUACGAUUGCUUGUUCAAGGUGGUUUUGAUAGGGGACUCUGGUGUGGGAAAAUCGAAUCUGCUUUCUCGAUUUACCCGGAGUGAGUUCAGCCUCACGUCAGAGAAAACCAUUGGCCUCCAGUUCACCACUCGCAUUCUCUGUGUCGACGACACAAAAGUCAAGGCUCAGAUUUGGGAUACCGCCGGCCAAGAAAGAUACCGAGCCCCCGCAAGUGCAUACUACCGAGGAGCUAUUGGUGCAUUGCUUGUAUAUGAUGUUACCCGCCAUGUUACAUUUGAAAGUGUAGAGAGGUGGUUAAAAGAGAUACGGGAUCACACAGAUCAAAAUAUUGUCAUAAUGCUGGUGGGAAACAAGGCAGACUUACAUCACUUACGUGUUGUUUCUACCGAGGAUGCAAAGGCGUUUGCUGAUAAGGAGGGCACCUACUUUAUGGAGACAUCAGCUCUCGCGUCAUUGAAUGUUGAGAACGCCUUUACGGAAGUACUCAGCCAGAUACCUCAUCAUGUUGCCUGUCGAAAAGCGCCUGAGGUAGGGUAUUAUGACUACGAUUAUUUGUUCAAGAUGGUGUUGAUAGGUGAUUCUGGUGUGGGAAAAUCGAAUCUGCUUUCUCGAUUUACCCGGAAUGAGUUCAGCAUCGAGCCAAAGUUAACUGUUGGCCUUCAGUUCGCCAGUCGCAUGCAACGUGUCAACAACCAAGUAGUCAAGGCUCAAAUUUGGGAUACUGCCGGCCGAGAAAGAUACCGAGCCCCCGCAAGUGCAUACUACCGGGGAGCUAUUGGUGCAUUGCUUGUAUAUGAUGUUACCCGCCAUAUUACAUUUGAAAAUGUAGAGAGGUGGUUAAAAGAGCUACGGGAUCACACAGAUCAAAAUAUUGUCAUAAUGUUGGUGGGAAACAAGGCAGACUUACAUCACUUACGUGUUGUUUCUACCGAGGAUGCAAAGGCCUUUGCUGAGAAGGAGGGUGCCUACUUUGUGGAGGCAUCAGCUCUCCAAUCAUUGAAUGUUGAGAUUGCCUUUACUGAUGUAGUCACGCAGAUACAUCAUUAUGUCCGUCGAAAAGCGCUUGAGGUAGGGGAUGAUCCGUCGGCCUUGCCAAAGGGGGAAACCAUAAACGUUGGAGGCAAGGAUGGUGUCUCCGCCUAAACUAAAGCAGAUCCGAUCACUUUGCAAUGAUCCAUCAUUGCGCUCUGCCCUUAUGGCUAGCUCACUACAAUCCAAAUAAUGUAUCUAUAUGAUCUAGCUUUUCAUGAUUCUGUGUUUUCGCCCUUUGUGAAAUUUAGCUUGAACUCAGUAAAUAAUUGCAGCAUAGUCUCUUAUCCUUCGUUUUUUCCUGAUCUGAUGUGUGCGGUCUGCCUUUCUGGCGUGCUCGUGUUUUCUCUGAGCAUUGCAUUUCAUUUGUUCGCAGCUUGUUUUUCGCCAAACGAGCGGGCCAAUGAACUGUGUUGAUUUUUCUUUUAUAUAGCUUGUGUAAGAGGAGAUUAUUCAAUAGGGGAAACCCAGUUCUUCAAACCUGGGUGGCAAAUGAACAUUGUGUUUUCUUUAUUCUCCUAUGAUUACAUGUUACAUGUAUAUUUUUUGAGUUAAUGUAAGAUUUAAUAUUGGAAUAUUCUUUCAA